AUGAGCAGAGACAUCUGCGUCCAAACCUGGCCAUGCUCCUAUUAUUUAGAACUUGAAAAGCGAUGGGUCCCUGGAAGACUUUCAUUAACUUCUCUCUCACUAAAAUUUAUGGCUGAUAAAACUAGAGAAAUUCUUGUCAGCUUUCCCCUUUCUAGUAUCAUUGAGAUCAAGAAAGAAGCUUCUCAUUUUAUCUUCAGUUCCAUUACCAUCCUGGAGAGGGACCGCAACAAGCACUGGUUCAGUUCCUUGCAGCCUAGUCGGAAUGCCGUCUUCAGCAUCAUCGAGCAUUUCUGGAGAGAGCUGCUCUUGUCCCAGUCUGGAGCUGCUGCUGAGGCGUCCUCCUCCUCCGUGACCAAGGGGAAGGAGCUGACUUGUCUGAUGACCUGUACCCAGAAGCGUCUGGAAGACACAGCCAGAGUCCUGCACCAUCAGGGCGAGCAACUUGACAGUAUCUCCAGAGGCCUGGACAAGAUGGAAUCUGACCUGGAUGUGGCUGACAGGUUGCUGACCGAACUGGAGUCUCCUUCUUGGUGGCCCUUUAGCUCCAAGCUUUGGAAGGCGCCACCGGAAACAAAGCCCAAGUGGGACACCUCAGUGGCUAAUUCCAAAGCUUUUGGAAAAGAAGGGAUAGUGAUCCAAGUUCCUGCUGUUAUUUCCCAAAGAACAGAAUCUCAUGUUAAACCAGGAAGGCUCACUGUCCUUGUUUCUGGGUUGGAAAUCUACAACUCAGAUUCUCUGCUCAUGCACAGAUUCGAAAGGGAAGAUGUAGAUGACAUCAAGGUCCACACACCUUAUGAAAUUAGCAUCCGCCAGCGGUUCAUUGGGAAGCCAGACAUAACUUAUCAUUUGAUAUCUGCCAAGAUGCCAGAGGUUAUCCCCAUUUUGGAAGUACAGUUCAGCAAGAAGAUUGAGUUAUUAGAAGUCGCCAUGAUGCUCAGAAGCACUGAAACCUCUUCCCUAGCAGAGAAGGGCUAUUCAGUCUGGCACGCAGCAUCUGGACUGAUGGACCAAGCCAUGCACUGUGAGUCCUCCUCAGGGAGCCAGGAAGGGAGGCCACUUCAGCUACAGACAAGCGAGCCAGUCAUUUCUGAGGAAGACACCCAGGAACUGGGACAGAUCCUGAGGAAGCUCAAAGGUCUCGCGUUAGACACCGAGACAGAGCUGGAGAGACAGGAUGAGGCCUUGGAUGGCAUCACUGCGGCUGUGGACCGGGCCACCUUAACCAUCGACAAGCAUAAUCGGCGAAUGAAGAAACUGACUUAG